UUAGAUUGGUCAAGCGGCAUUAGAAGUACUUAGGAGUUAAGAUAGAUUUACUAGUUAGUUGAAAUAGUUUUGCCACGACAUGCAGCUGUGGUAUCUUCAAGUGUUUUUCAUAACCCUAACUGCGGCUGUGGCCCCAGAGAAUAAAACCCUCUGCAGACCAGAUCUUUGCAUAAACAAUGAGGUCCACGUGGGCUGUCUAAGUCCUGCGCCCCUGGCCAGUGGUUGUGGCAAAAAGAAUCUCAUUUUAAAUGUAAAUGGCAACUUAAAGAACGGCAUCGUUGAGAGGGUCAAUGUGUUGCGUAACUUUGUGGCAAGUGGAGGGAACAACUUUUCGGUGGCGGCUCGCAUGCCCACAAUGAUCUGGGAUUAUAAUCUACAGAAGUUGGCCGAUCUACAAAUACGACAGUGCAACGAGCAUGGAAAAUUCUGUGCGAAUACCAAGAGUUUUCACUAUGUGGCCACCAUCGAACUUCGCAGUGCAAUGCCGCGGAAUGGCAACUUGGCCUUAUUGAUCUUGGAUAAAAUGCUGCCGGAGUUAUUCCUCGAUUUCAUGGGCUGUAAGAUGGAUGAGAGUCACAACAUUUUGCCUAAGAAAGAUGGCACCUGCGUGGGCCACUAUAUACCUCUGAUCCAGGACUAUGGAGCACGGAUGGGCUGCUCUAUUCGCUUGAGGGGUAGAACGGCCACUCUUACUAACGUGAUCCUUCUCUGUCACUUUUCCAGGGCCAAGGUGAAUAACCUACAGCCGUAUGAGAUAGGUGAAAAUCCUGGCGAGAAAUGCGUUACUGGUUCCAGCCAGAUAUACAAGUACCUGUGCAAUGCCGAGGAGGUGGUGGAUGCCAACAGUAUGCACGUGGCAACACAUAUGCCGCUCAGUUCCAAAGGUUUAGGUCAAUGAAGAAAUACAGUCGAAGAAAAAUCAGAUAAUAUAAAUAUAUCAACUUUGAUGAGUUAGCAAAAUCAAAGAAAUAAGCAUUUUACAUUAUUUUUCUAUUUCACAUCAAAAACUAUCAAACUUUUCUCGCUGUGUAGAAAAGUGUGACUAAAGGUGGUCCUAACUAAUUAGAUAAUUGAAUGGUGGUCAGUAAAUGGUUGCAGUUGAUAGCUCCGCUUGACCGCUAAUCGAUUUGGUGGCUACGAACUCUAUAAGAGGCAGCCUCGGGUGGCC